AUGCCGCAGUGGCUGGUCAUUGGAAUCUCGGGCGUCACCUGCGGGGGCAAGACAACGCUGGCCCACAGCUUGCACGACUACUUCAAGGGCCUCAGCGGGGCCCCGCUGUGGCACUCGCCGUACACCAUCGGCGAGGUGCGCCUGAUUUCGCAGGACGACUACUUCCUUCCCGUGGAUGACAAGCGCCACCAGCGGAACGAGGCACUAAACGCCAUCAACUUUGAGCUGAUCACCUCGCUGGACAUGCCCAAGAUGCUGAACGACAUAGCGCACGUCAUCAAGGGCCGCCAUGUGGCCCCCGAGCCCCCGGAGCAGCUGGUCACCUACGCAAACUUUGAGCACUACGCCCUGCAGUUCCAGCAGCAGUACCACUACAACGCGAAUUAUUACAAGCAGGCCGCAGCCGGGGCUUACCAGUAUCCGCCCCAGCAGCCCCGACACCAUCAAAACCACCACCGGCAGCAUCACCAUCAGCAGCAAUUCCAGCAGCAGCAGCAGCAGCAAGCGGCGCACAUCAUGCGGAUCAAUGCCCAGAUCGCUGCCCAGCUAAGGGACAAGAAGGUCAACUUCCUCCUGGUCGAGGGAUUCAUGAUAUUCAACCAGCCGGAGCUGCUGGCCCUGUGCAACCUCAAGUACCAUUUCCAUCUGCCCUACGAGAAGUGCUUCGAGCGGCGCAGCAAGCGUACCUACGACCCCCCGGACGUGACCGGCUACUUCGAGCUCUGCGUGUGGCCGCAUUACGAGAAGAACUUCAGCGAGUACCGCGACUGCAAGGACAUCACAUUCCUGAACGGCGAGAUCGCCAAGGAGAAGAUCUUCAAGUUCGUCCUCCAACGCAUCGUGCACUACUUCGAGGAGCGCUGCGAGGUCCCAGCUCCCGCUCCCGUCGUCUGUCCGCCGCAGCAGAAGCGAUUCGGAAUGCUCUACGUGGGUCCGAGCAACAACAACGUGAUGCCCACGGCCUGUCCCAUGGAGCAAUAAGUUGUGUACAAUAAAGGAAUAUUGUAUAGUAAUAGGAAGUAAGGAGUUCUAAAUUGUUUGAGUUACCUCCCCGAGUCGUGGCUAAAAUCCCCAUUGUACAUUAAGGCAUAUACAUAUGUAAGCAAAUCUUAGGGUGGUUCGAUUUUUAGUUCGAGUGCAAACACCAUCCAAAUUUGAUCUUUCGGUCAGUUAGUCCUAUUCGGUUGAGAACGCCAGUAGCGGAGCUUAUGGUCUUACCACCGGAAAGUCAUAAUAAAGUUGCAGUAUUGUAGAAAAAAUAAUUUGUGGCCAGAUCUACCCAAUCAAUUACAGUUUUCAGUUCCGCAUGUGCAAAUCGACCCGCCCUAAAAUACAACUUUCAUUAGUUAGUCUUUAUUUCGUAUUAAGAUAAUUAUUAUGGGUGACAUGGUCUCUGUUGUGGAGAACGCUCUUGUAACCAGAAUUGUGAAAUGAAGAAACUAGGUUCAGGAAUUCAUAUUUAGCUGUGCUAACUAAUACACUUGUAUUGUAUUGUUUACUAUUACGUCAUGGAAUUUUGCAAAACCCCAACGAGGUAUUUGGUGUGGGGCGUUUUUAUGGAGUCGAACGUUAUUGUACUAUAUAAUGGAUAUUCAUAUAUGCAUAUGCACCUUGUAAAUACCGUAGUGUAUAAAUACCAAAUUUAAACCUAGCUGUAAGACUAUGACCUAAUAGAAUUCUAUUUUUCUUGUGCGAAACAAAACACACAUACGAAUAAACAGACAUUUAACCGCAAA